AUGUUAUUCUGUGGAAUUGUGUAUGGUUGGAACAUUUUUGCAGUUGCGCUUAAGAAAAAAUUCAACGGUACACAAACAGAUAUUGAGAACAUCGCAACAAGUGGUGCAUUAGGGAUAUGCAUUGGGAGUUUUCCGGCAGGAAUUGCAUUUGAUAGAUUUGGACCAAGAGUGGCGUCUAUAUCAGCUCUUGUACUAACUGGGUCUGGAUAUACUCUGAUGUGGAUGACAACACAAUACAGAGGGUUUUUUGCUUCAAAUAUUUGGCUGAUGUGCAUUAUAUACUUUGUCACAAUGCUUGGAAACAGUUUCACUUUUAUUGCCAGUCUUAGUACUAACUCUAUCAAUUUUAAGGGAAAGCACCGUGGCAGUAUUGUUGGUAUACUCAGUGCUGUGUUUGGCUUUAGCCCUGCGAUUUUUAGCCUUAUCUACGACAGUUAUUUUAUACAAGGACACAUUUUUGACGAGCAGAACCAAAGAGUUGCAGAGUUUAUGAUAUUCCUUGCUAUUUGCUCUGUUUCUGUUAAUCUGCUGGGCGUUGUGGGUUUAAGAAUAGUGCCGGAAGAAACCAUGCCGAUUUCAGAAGACACAGAAUUAAGGCCCAUGGAUAUUACAAAUGCAAAGGACAAAGAAAAUACUACGACUGAUAAUCUAGUAAACAAGAAAACAGAGAAAAUAGGAGGUCCGAGUGAUAAGACUCCGCUGAUUCAAAAUGACUUUUCCAAUAAACCAGAACUUAACGUUUGUCAAGUUGUUAAAACAUUAAGAUUUCAUAUUUUGUUUUGGAUAGUAAUCAUAAUAGGUGGUGUUGGUGCAUCGUUCAAAAACAAUAUCACAACUGUCGUGAAAUCUGCCCACCUUGAGGCAAAGACAACAUCGUUUACAGUUAUCAUCCCAACAUGCUGCUCAGUUGCACGAUUUCUAAGUGGAAUAUUUCCUGUUUGGAUUAUAGAUAAAUGGAAGAAACUGCCGAAAUCCUCAAUUCUGCUUUUCUCAUCGUUUUUCACAUUAGUUUGCCAAACCUUAUUUAUUUUUUACAAUCAGGACUUUUUAAGCUUGUUUACUAAUUCCAUGGUUAUGAGUGCAGCUUAUGGAGCCUUUUUUGUAUUAAUGCCUAUAGUUGUCAUUGAGUUAUUUGGUAGCAAAUACUUUGCACAAAACUUUGGUUUACUGAAUAUAGCAAAUGGGAUUGGGAUAUUCAGUUUUCAAAAACUGUUUGGUGAACUGUAUGAAUCAAACAGUCCACCGGGGUCCAUAGAUUGUUAUGGCGAGCUUUGUACUAGAUGGUCAUUUGCUAUAUCUGCCAUCAUGGCACUGUUUGCUACUUGUCUCAAUGUGCUUCUGAUGUAUGCCGAGGUCCGGUUAGUAGGCAAGUAA